AUCUCAAAAAAAAUAUAUUCCAAGCCCACCAUCCAGUUUUUGGGUCCUUAAAUUUCCUAUUUAUAUACUGUUGGAGAAUUGCUGCAAAAUUGAAAAAAGUGUAUUUUUAUUUAUCCUAUUUCUAAUUCGAGAGGAAAUUAAAAAUGGAACAAAUUUUGUCAUUAGAAACCCCUCUUGUUGUUAUGGGCUGUGUGCUCUUGUCUUGGAAAAUUGUGAGACACAUUUGGAGUUUUUUGGAUGUUGGGAGAGAACCUCUCACUGUUCUUGUUACUGGCGCUGCAGGUCAGAUAGGUUAUGCUCUAGUUCCGAUGAUAGCAAGAGGAGAAAUGCUAGGUCCUCAACAACCUGUGAUCAUCCACAUGCUCGACAUCAACGCCGAGUCUCUCAACGCCGUCAAAAUGGAACUCAUCGACUCUGCUCUCCCCCUUCUCAGAGGUGUGGUGGCGACGACGAACGUCGCGGAGGCAUGCAGCGGUGUGAACGUCGCCGUUUUGGUCGGCGGCUCCCCCCGGAAGGAAGGCAUGGAGAGGAAGGACGUGAUGUCGAGAAACGUCUCCAUCUACAAGGCUCACGCCUCCGCUCUCGAGCAACACGCGGCUCCCGAUUGCAAAGUGUUGGUGGUGGCGAAUCCGGCCAACACAAACGCGCUCAUCUUGAAAGAAUUUGCUCCUUCGAUCCCAGAGAAGAACAUCAGCUGCCUCACGAGACUGGAUCACAACCGCGCGGUGGCGCAGAUUGCGGAGAGGCUGGAGGUGGAGGUGGGCGACGUGAAGAAUGUGAUCGUAUGGGGGAAUCACUCCUCUUCCCAAUACCCUGACGCCACCCACGCCGCCGUCAAAACCAUCGCCGGAGAGAGAUCUGUGAGAGAACUCGUUGCUGAUGACAAAUGGCUAAGAGGGGAGUUGGUGGAGAGGGUGCAGCAGAGGGGUGCGGCGAUCAUGAAAGCGCGGAAGAUGUCUAGUGCGCUUUCUGCAGCGAGCUCUGCUUGUGAUCAUAUGCGUGAUUGGCUUCUUGGAACUCCUAAGGGAAGUUGGGUGUCCAUGGGGGUGUGUUCUGAUGGAUCAUAUGGAGUGCCACCUGGCCUCAUCUAUUCUUUUCCCGUUACUUGUCACAACGGACAAUGGUCUAUCGUACAAGGUCUCAAAAUCGAUGAAUUUUCGAGGAAGAUGAUGGACAUCACUGCAAAAGAGUUGAUGGAGGAAAAGACAUUGGCUUAUUCAUGUCUUAAUUAAGCUUGCAUUUUCAACCUUUGUAUAUUAAUAUUGUUGUAGUUUGAAGGAGACUUAGAAUGUAAGAGAUGCACCUCAAUGUUGUCCUAAUUAUGACACCAUAUAUGUAGUGGAAUCAAACUGCAGCGGUUCGUAAUAUAUGUUCUAUUGAGUUUCGAUUAUUACAGAACAAAUUUAUCAAAA